GGUCAGGAGGGGAUUAGUGGGGUUAUAUAUAUUCAGGUUGAGUUCGAGGCAAGUUUUACCAUUACCUGUACCCACCACUGACUCUAAACGGGUCGGUAAAACCUGCCUCAUUAUGGUUGGGUACCCAAUGGGGUGGAGUAAAAUGCCACCCUUAGUUGACAUGCCCAUAAUAUAUUGUAAAUAUGUCUUGUGUAGGUUUAGGAACUAGUUUUACUAGUUUGGAUAGGUAAAUGAUUUGGUAGUUGUAUAUUUAAUUUAAUGGCUUCAGGGCUGCUUUUAACAGAAAACAAGGUUUUAGAUGAGAUCUAGUGUUAUAUGUGUUGCUGCAAGUACAAGGUGAAAAAUUGAAGGAAGAAAUGCAAGCAGGGAAAAAUAGAUGUAAAGUGGCAAUAUUUUUCUUUUAGCCAUUGAUCAAUUCAGCUCUACAUCUUAGGUAACCUUUCCUACUGAGAAAAGUGGGCAUGUUAUUUGUUCUGGAGGACUCCCAAGAAGGAAACAAAUGUAGAAUUCCAUUUAAUGUUUCUCAUAUUAUUCUCAAUUGUCACUAGUAUUUGGAAAGAAUGCAUGUUGUCAGUGCUCAAAUCAUCUGAUAUUUAACUGAAAUAGCACAAAAGUACAAAUGCUGAAACCACAAAUUGACGUUCAAUUUCUAAUGCAUCAUGGAACCACAAAAACCCCAAAAAAAAAAAAAAUCAAAUCCAAACCAUCAAAGAUUCAUUGGAAUAAGUUUGGGGAAUGAAAUGGCUUCUUUGAUUGAUGAUCUCUGCCAUGUUUCGAAAAUUGUUAGUGCAACUACUCACGGCUUUUGAUUUCUAUCACCCCUAUGAUAUGUUUGCAUGCACUAUUAUAAAUGCCCAACACCAUUGACUAGAUAGUGUUAUUGAGAUUUUCAUCAUUUAGGUUGCUUGAUGAAUUGUUUGUUCACUGUUAUUUUAUCAUGAGAUAAAUAUAUUCACAUGCAAACUGUGAAGUUUGGACCAGUGAUGGAAAUUACUCUAACUUCAAUCCCUAAGGAUCUAGACAUCAAUGUUGAUCUGGAGAUGAAUUUCUAUAUAGCAUAUUGCUUAAAAUCUUUGAGUAAUUUGUGGUGGUGCUCUAAGAUGUCUCAGUUACUGAGAUUGCUGCCAUAAUGCUCUGUCAAAUUGCAGGUUAGUGAUAUUUCACUCAAUGAUUACAUUGCUGUGACUCCUGCCAAACAUGCUACAUAUCUUCCACAUACUGCCGGACGGUAUGCUGUCAAAAGAUUCCGCAAGGCCCAAUGCCCAAUUGUUGAGAGGCUGACCAAUUCACUGAUGAUGCAUGGCCGCAACAAUGGGAAGAAACUGAUGGCUGUUCGCAUUGUCAAACAUGCCAUGGAGAUCAUUCAUCUGCUCACUGAUGCAAACCCAAUCCAAGUAAUUGUGGAAGCUAUCAUCAACAG